GACAGCUGUAGCAUGCUAGCUGCAAACAGACUGCGUAACUAAGCUAAUGCUACUACUAAUUUAGUUAUACAUUAUCGUUCCAACCAUUAAAUGUAUUAACGCCCUUUUUCAUAUUAUAGUCUAAACGAAUCAUGGCUACAUUCGCGUACAAUGACAAGCCUUUAACCCGUAGCAGAGAAACCGAAUGUGAGCAAACUAACGCUAGUAACGUUAGUCAGGACGCUUGUUAUCAGCUAGCUAACAGCUAACACUAAUAGUGUUUCACGGGCUGCAUCGUGUUGCUGAGCUAGCUUACUAUCUUUGCUCACCAGUAAAAGUCGGUAUCCGAUUUAGGCAGUUAAUAUAGCCCAAUGUUAAGUUCUACAUUGUCAUUGACAAACGGUUGUACUGCAGCUAAUGUUGGGGAUAACGUUAUAGGCUUUUAAUUGGCUAAUACAAACGUGUUUUGUAGAGAAGGGCAAGCUGCACAACACUGUCUUAAACUUAUGUGUUGGUGUGCAUGUUCGUAAAGACAGAAAGUGUCUUAACUAAUAGUCUUAAUAGAUAGUUUUUUUGCUACACUGAUGUCUCACUAUUCGUUUUGAGAAUAUAAUGUAUAAUUAAUUUGUAGGAACGUUAAGUUCGUAGCCAACAUUGUAAAGUUAUGUUAAAGUUUUUGAAUUAGCGGGUGGUUGACAGCAGUGGUCCUGGCUGUUUAUGAGAAAAUUGAGUCUGUAGGGUGAAGAGCUUUUAUCAUUGGCUGCUGCUACUGGAUGAAGUUCAGCCUGUGUGCCCCUGUGCCGGCGAACGAGCAUGUCUUCUGGCAUGUGGAACUAGGCUAGCAAUGUAGCACCAUAUUUGCCACAAGGAGGAAGGCCCUGGAGGCCACAUCUGACUGACUACAGCAAGUGUUGAAACAAAGUCUCUUCAAUGAGAGUGACUCCUCAUAUUAUGAAGCGUUUUAAUUAAGAUCAGAGACUAAAUAUUAAAGUUGAUACAGUUAAAUGGUGGCUUGAAAAUGAUGGUGGCAUAGUGAGAAAACAGUUAAUUCUGGCUGGUUGAGGUGUGGAGGGGACACCACAAACCACGCCAGGAUUCUGACUAAUACAAUUUCCAAUUGCCCUCAGUAAAUCUCCUCAUCUCCAUGUCUAUCCCUGGAUUGUAGCUACAAAUAUGGUGACGCUUAUUACAGAGCAGCUCCGUAAGCAGAGUUUGGAAGAGCCUUAUUACAAGGCUUUCUCAUUUAAUGUAAAUGUGUCAUUACCUGCAGUGGGAUCCAGUCCCACUGUCUCAUGGAGUGCUUGUAGGUCAUCACAAGAAAACCACACCGCUACACACCCAUCAUCCAAAGCCAACCGUCUGGAUGAUUCCUGUGCACUAGACUCCCCAUGGCCUCGUUCUCAAUCUGGAGAACUUCUCCAGAGACCAGAGGUUUCUUUUACAAACAAUGCUGUCCAAAGCUCAACUCCUCCACCACCUCAAAAACGCCACUGCCGGUCCCUCUCUGUUCCAGAGGACCUGUCUCGGUGUCGCUCCACCUGGCAUCCUAGAGCAUCCAAGGUUUGGACCCCAGUUAAACGUGGCUGCCAAUGUGGAGGAGCAUCUAGCUCAAGCUCUGGAGCCAGCUCGUUGCCACUUUGUGGUCCCAGUUCCUCUUUCCCCUCUUCCUCCCUACACUCAUCUUCUAGCCCAACCUUCUUUAGCUUAUCACUGUCCUCUGACUCUCCACUACCAUGGAGCUUCUCAUGGGACCCCUGUGACAAACUGAAAGGAGCUUGUUCUGCCUCCUUUGCUACGCCUUCCUCCUGCUCUUCCUCACCAGCCCCCCUGGUUUCUCAUUCAAUGCUGCAGCGCCGCUUCUCCCUCUCACCUGUGCAUAUUCAGGAUGCCUCCGUGGUGCUCCUACCCCCCCAGCCCUCUCCUGCUUCUGCUCUGACAUAUGGAUGUUCUGGCAUGGAACACCCAGCCCUGUCUCCAUCUCCCACUUCAGCCUGCAGCACACCAUCCUACUCUCGGCGCAACCUACACCCAGCUCUGCCGCGAUGCCACUCGCAGCCCUGUGACAUGCGCAAACCUCGCUUGAAGAGGCGGCAUGACCCAGAUAUUCUGCCCUGCCCCAGGCCAGGACUUGACUUCAGCAAAAUGACACAGAUUGGUAAUCACAAGAGCCUAGUGUGUGGUACAGGUGGCUGUAUACCUCCAGCAUCUUCCCAGGUAGAGCAGCGCUCAGCCUUCUCCUCUGCAGAGUAUCUGGGACGAGCCAGCAUUGGGCCACUAAGUGAAAGUGAAGAAGAGGAGGAUGAACGAACAAGGACUGCAAUAGAUGAAGGGCCAAAGAUUGUUUUUGAAAGAGACUGCACAGAACUUGACUUGAACCUUAUAGAAGAGAACUGACCACUCCUUGGUGCUCUGAGUAUGAUUACUGCAUUCAUAACUAUGUUAAGCACACCUGUAGGCUUUGUGCGCUUUUCUGGCAGAGUCCUUGGGAACAUGCUGCCUUCCUAAAGGCAUAUGUCCAGAGUUUAUAAUCAAGAACCAAGCAAUUAGAAGCUAAUAUCAAAUUACAAUCUCAUGAUUGUAACACAUGAGCUAGUUCACUAUUCUACAUUUCACAACAAUGUCACAGUGCCUGCCUAUUUUACAGUCCAUAGGGAAAUGUGCAUGAGCAAAUAAGCUAAUUUUCAUACAUACCAAGUUUUGACUAAUAUUUCAUAUUGAUAAAAGUCCUAAUUUGUGUUAUCAUUGGUAAGCAUCUUGAUAUCCUCAUCAAAGAAUACUGUAUACUAGAGUAAACAAAAUGUGCUUAAUAUUUCCUCGCAAGUUAUUUUAAUACACAUUAAAAGUCACUUAAUGGACUGGAGGGAAGCACUUUCCUCAGUGCCCCAUCAGAUACUGGUGUAGUUUUAUUUUUUUUUUGGAUUUCUAAAUUUCAGAUGUUUGAGCUGUGACAAAUGCACACAGGUCCAAAUAAUAUUUGAGUAGCCCAAACAACAUCACAAUACUGAUAUGUGUGUGUGUGUGUAUAUACAUAUCCACACUCGUAUAUUAAAAGGGAUACAUUCCAGGAAUUCACUACUGUUCCCUCGCAGACUCUAAAGACACGUCUACUUGUACUGCUGUUCUGUCAUUGAUUUAGUUUUUCCUUUUUAGAGAAACUACAUCAUCAGAGGGAAAAUGUUCUUGUAAUAGUUGAGGGGAUGGCUCCCCCUUUUUUUCAUAUAUUUGUUUAUUUUUGCUUUAAACAGACCUUGUCAACAGUAAUACUGAUGAUACUGUAAACUGACCAUGCCUUAAGCUUAAAAUACAGUGUUCUUGGUGCUUCUUUUCACAGCCAGACAUUUUUGCAAUCUCCAUUUGCGCUGAUUCACAUAGUUUUGAACAGGUGGCACAAGCACUAUACUACUCAAUUGAAUAGCUGAAUUGAUGCUGCAGCUGGACUCCAUACGGCACAAUGUAAUGUACUGUACAGUGGGUAGUGAGUACACAUGUGGAGCCAAUUCUGAGUGUAUGUGACAAAGGUGGUAGUGAUGCAGAUGAUUUGGUGGCCUUUCAGAAAUGAGUUUUCAUGUGUUUUCAGAUGGAAAUACUCCUGUUGCACAAUUUAUGUACAAAUAAAAUUUAAUAGAGAAUGAUA